AUGACCAGCAGCAGCACUAAUAUCAGUUUGAUGAUCAUGUACGAGGAUGAGUCGGUGGACGUCCGUUACGUAGAUGAUUCCCGUUUGCACUUGUCGCCCUGUGGCUCGGAGUUCGUGUUGGAGAAAGCUCCUGCACGCUCUGCACAUCCUCUCCAGUCUAGCGAGAAGGUUCGACAGAGGACCAGGUUCGCCACCAGUAGCUACAAGGUAGGUAACAUCAGCAGAACCGAAUCUCAUAAUAAAAACAACCCCUAUUUUUGCCAAUCCUGACUUGUCAAUAUUCUAGGACCUGAUGCUUGGUGCUUUGGAGUUCAGGAACGAGUAUGCGACUCGACCUUACCUGCCUGAAGAACUAAUCCCUGACGACCACAUAAAGGUAACGUUAGCUAGCUAGUUAACACAGUUUUGCUAGCUAUUCGUUUUUUUGCGAAAUAAAUAAAUAAAUUACCACAAUGCCUUCACUUAAUUUUUGUGUAAUUGGGAUAUUUUCAAUCCUCAAAUACACAUCACACAAUUUCCCUCGUGUAACAGGACAUUAUUUUGCCCACAGUUAUCCACUUACCACAGGAAACUACCUAGUUAACCUUUCACCAUUGAGAUUGUGCUUUUCACCUCGUCUUACAGCAGGUCUUCAGCAUUGACCCAGAGGUGGAGUGGCCUGCAUGUCAUUCCUGUACUGCUGAGGUGGGAUCGAACCGAGAGACCAUCGUCAGUUCAGUGGAGCGGAGAGCCAGUCUGCUGCUUUCUCCCUCUGGAGAGGAGUUCUCUAUAAGCUUCACCUGCAGGCUUAGUCACAACCAACACCACAGGCCUCAGAGCCGAGAGCCAAAUAGGUCCGUCACUGAACACACACAGCAAGACAACCAAACCUGUAGGUCAAAGACUCCAUCUCAACAGAGUAAUGCCUGUGCUGAGCCCAAGGUAAGGCUUGCUAUGGAGCAAUGCUCAAAGUGCGCCGGAUUCUUGAAUGUUGUUUAUGUUUUUUAUUUCAAUGUCAAUGUGGUUGUUUGAAGCCAAUGGUAAGUUUCUUCAUUAUGCUGACAAUAAACUUGUAAAUUCAAAGCAAGGAGAGGUAUACCUGUCCACCAGAGUGGUCCAGCACCACUCUGUCUCCUGUGUUCCUCUGGUGUGGCGCUACCCUCUGUCUUUGGCCCUUCACCUCUGGUGCGCCCAGUCCCAGCCCUCUGGAGAGAGGAACAGGGGAGACACAGAAGAAGAGACAGCCAGGGGGAGAGACCAGACUGAGAGAGCAGUGGCAAUGCCAAACACAUCCAGAGGAGAGAGGAGGUCUCACCUGCCCCAAGCCCUGCCUCUCAGAUGCCCCUCCCCUCAUCAGCACAGGUUGAUUGAUUGAUUUUAUUUUAUGAUAUGAAAAUAGACAUACAGAUAUCACUGCCAAAACUGGUAGUGUAUAAUUAUCUGCAUGUAAACAUCUAGCAGUAAACUGUAGAGAUGUAUGUAUUUUUACUGUAGGUGGAAGUUCAGGCACUUUCUGGUCCAAGAUGAACAGGAGCCGGACCAAGACCUCCCUACAGAGCUGGUUAAGGUGGUGUGGUGCCAAGGGGUGCUGUACAGGUACCUUUCUGCAGGAUUAUACAUAUUCACUUGACUUGAUUUGAAUAGGCUACUGUUUCGUGUUAUAUAGAUGAUUAGUUAAUGAGAUACUAUAUUCAGCAAUCAUAAAUCAUAGAAAGCAAGUCACACCUCAACUGUUAAAAAAGAAAAUAGUUGUUUGUUGACCAACCUUGUGUCCAGUUAUUUUCUUCUGUAACCAUUACAUCCAUCUGUCCUGUCUGUCUGUUUCUCCUGUCCAGGAUAGUGGAUGGAGCCAUCCCAGUCGUGGAGGUUUCUCCAGGGGAUGGUUCAGUCAUCAGGUCUAACGGAGUUCUGGCCAGCUACUUCACCCACCACAGAGCUGGCCCUGGGCCUGGAGAGGUACAAUACAUCACCUAACCCAGGGUUUCUGUUAGCCGGUAAUAGCCGGCUUUUGUUCGAUAUUUGUUUUUAGAAAAGCCGAUAAAUAAAAUUGCCACCGACCAAUUGUCCGGGAGAAGAAAAACCCCCAUUGUGAAAUAAUGCUUUUUAGCCUAUUCAAUGUUGGAAAUACCAGUCGAUGUCAAUACAUUUGACUUGUCAUGCUUAUCGGUCUAUAAGUUAAUUUGCCUAAUUUAGUGGAAUAUAAUUGGCAUGUGUUUACUGCAUAUUCGUUAUGUAUGUUAUCACACGUGUACAGCAUACAGAUACAGAGCCUUUGAGCGGAAAAUCUACAGCAUCUCAAACAGCAAACAUAGGCAAUGGAAGGCAGGCUUCAUCAGUGCGUCACACACCACUAUGCAAUGAGCUAUAGGCAGUAUGCAUUUUGAAAACAUACACUACCGUUCAAAAGUUUGAGGUCACUUAGAGAUGUCCUUGUUUUCGAAAGAAAAGCAAUUUUUUUUGUCCAUUUAAAAUAACAUCAAAUUGAUCAGAAAUACAGUGUAGAUGUUGUUAAUGUUGUAAAUGGCUAUUGUAGCUGGAAACGGCUGAUUUUUUUUAAUGGAAUAUCUACAUAGGCGUACAGAGGGCCAUUAUCAGCAAUCAUCAGUCCUGUGUUCCAAUGGCACGUUGUGUUUGCUAGUGGGAGUGGGAGGCCCCAGUGCACAACUGAGCAAGAGGACAAAUACAUUAGUGUCUAGUUUGAGAAACAGGCACCUCACAAGUCCUCAACUGGAAGCUUCAUUAAAUAGUACCCACAAAACACCAGUCUCAAUGUCAACAGUGAAGAGGCGACUCCGGGAUGCUGACCUUCUAGGCAGAGUUGCAUGAAAAAGCCAUAUCUCAGACUGCCCAUCUUUUAUUUUUAUUGGCCAGUCUGAGAUAUGGCUUUUUCUUUGCAACUCUGCCUAGAAGGUCCGCAUCCUGGAGUCGCCUCUUCACUGUUGACGUUGAGACUGGUGUUUUGCGGGUACUAUUUAAUGAAGCUGCCAGUUGAGGACCUGUAAGGCGUCUGUUUCUCAAACUAGACACUCUAAUGUAUUUGUCCUCUUGCUCAGUUGUGCACCGGGGCCUCCCACUCCUCUUUCUAUUCUGGUUAGAGCCAGUUUGCGCUGUUCUGUGAAGGGAGUAGUACACAGCGUUGUACGAGAUCUUCAGUUUCUUGGCAAUUUCUCGCAUGGAAUAGCCUUCAUUUCUCAGAACAAGAAUAGACUGACGAGUUUCACAAGAAAGUUAUUUGUUUCUUGCCAUUUUGAGCCUGUAAUCAAACCCACAAUUGCUGAUGCUCCGGAUACUCAACUAGUCUCAAGAAGGCCAGUUUUAUUGCUUCUUUAAUCAGCACAACAGUUUUCAGCUGUGCUAACAUAUAAUUUCAAAAGGGUUUUCUAAUGAUCAAUUAGCCUUUUAAAAUGAUAAACUUGGAUUAGAAAACACAACGUGCCAUUGGAACACAGGACUGAUGGUUGCUGAUAAUGGGCCUCUGUACGCCUAUGUAGAUAUUCCAUAAAAAAUCAGCCGUUUCCAGCUACAAUAGCCAUUUACAACAUUAACAAUGUCUACACUGUAUUUCUGAUCAAUUUGAUGUUAUUUUAAUGGACAAAUAAAUUGCUUUUCUUUCGAAAACAAGGACAUUUCUAAGUGACCCCAAACUUUUGAACGGUAGUGUAUACUUAAUUGUUUGAAACCGGAAUGUUUUAAUACAUAGUAUGAGGCAUGUCUUACCUAGCUUCAAAGUAGCCUAGCCAAAAUCGGACCAUAUCCGUGGAGGCAAUUAUUUUAUAUCAACUUUUGUUUAUUGUCUGGUAGCCAAAAGCACAAUCCUAGUCAUAUUAGCAACCCAUGCUAGUUGAUCCAUAUUAGACCCCCCCAUCUUUCAAACAUUUCUAAUGGCUAUUUUCAUCUCUGUCACAUAAAACUGCUCACAUGUGCGGUGCCCUUUUGACAAUGGUGUUUUCCCGCUAAUUGCAUUAUGGAAUGAACAUCUGCGCGUAGUCUACUGCCUUGAGCACAUUGCUUCGCUUAUAAUGUUAAGAAAUAAUAGUUUAUCAACAUUUUUAAGUUAAAUGUUCUGAUCUGUUGCAUCUGACUCAAUUGCUUAAAAAAUAUAUAUAUAUUAUGUAGCCUAGGCCUAUUGGUUGAAUGACUUUGGGAUCUAUCGUCGCACAACUGUCCCAGAGUCUGUUAGGAAUAGGCUAUUUCUUUCUCGACAAGCUGACCAUAGAACAUGUUAACUUUUCACUAGCCUAUGCCAAUCUACUAUCCCCAUAGUAGAAAAGUUAACAUGUUGUUGGCUGAGGUAAAGUAAAUGUGGACAGUUAUUCUAACAUCUUCAAAGUGCACAUCAGAAUUCAGUAAGAAGGACCGCACAUCGUUGCAUCCUCGACUUGCAUGUUCUGUUAAUAUGAAUUACCAUAAUCUAAAUGUGAUUUCUGUCAUUCUGAGCACCGUGAGUAGACGUUCUAAUCAGGUUACCCACCCAAUGUAUGUGGGUCGGGGUACAUUUCUCGAAUGUCCGGUAAAUUAAAAUGCUCUGGGUCAAAUGUCCUGCUCCACAUUUUCCUGACAGAAACCCUGACCUAAUCACGCUUCAAAAUUACACAUUUACUGUUGAGGGUGCCCUUAAAAUAGCUGUUGAUAUUUCCCUAAGACUUGUGCUACCCUGUGUGCUCCUUGUAAUUCGAACCCUGCACAGAGUAGCAGUCUGUCAUGUCAUUUAUGCGGGCUAUAUCCUAUCAUGUGCUUGUAUGCAGUAGAAAGCCAUCUUUUUUUAAUUACCAUAUCAUACUGAUUUUAUGGCCAUACAGGCUUUUACAGAUGCUUCCAUGAUUAUUUGUGGAAUCUUAAACAGUUUUGGGAUGCUGACACAAAUCUAAUAGGAAUUCCAGUAUGUGUGUAGCUAUAUGUUUUAGGACAGACUGAUAGCAUUGCUCAUGUUGUGGUGUUUCCCCUAGGUAAAGGAUGUAACGUACCACCUGAGCAGCCUCCCCCCUGACACACCUGGGCAGGCCUACUCUGUGUGCUCUAUGGUGACUGGAGCCAGCAGGUGAGAUACCGCCGUAGACCUGGCCCAGCUCUGAUGACUACGGCUAGCACACCUGUAGACAUCAGGCAGUGCUACUACCUUGUUAUUUAGGUACACAGACCUGCUUUAGCAGGUAGCUUAGUGGUUUAGAGCGUUGUGCCAGUAACCGAAAGGUCGCUGGUUCUAAUCCCCGAGCCGACUAGGUGAAAAAUCUGUCGAUGUGCCCUUGAGCAAGGCACUUAACCCUAAUUGCUCCUGUAAGUCGCUCUGGAUAAGAGCGUCUGCUAAAUGACUAAAAUGUAAAUGUAAUUACUGUAAAUCAACAAAACCCUUCAUGGUUGUGGCCAAUUCAAUUUUAACUUCAAAUUCUAUUCAUGGGUACCCUCCAAUAUUAUUGCCAUUGAGUUUUUUUGAGUUUGUAAGAAAGGCAUUUCACUGUACUUGUGCAUAUGGCAUUGAAACUUGAAACUGAAACGUUGUUUUGACAGGAUCCUGAAGUGCUACAACCAGGCCAGGCACUCUCUAAAGCUCCCUGCUACACCGAGCUGCUUGAACAAGGUUAGACCACACAUCAUCCAUACAGUUGUGCGUGUUAGUUAGUCGAUUGUGUAUUGGUGCAUUGAGAUGCGUUGUAUUUUUCUCUCUGUGCAGGAGACCAGUUCUGAGCCCUUUGUACAGGAAGUACACAUUUCUGAGUCUGGUUUCAUUAAUACCACUGAAGCAAGACAAAGCAGGUCUGUGUACCUAAAUCUUCAAAGUUGAGACAUUAAUGCUCAGCUAUGUUGUAUUGAGUGAAAUGUAUUUUUAAAUGGUGGCACUAAGUGUUGCACUUGCUAGCAUAGCAAUUUUUUGCUAAGUAAAAUAUUAUUUGUUUUCUGUUUCAGGCCUAACUGUGUUGUUGAAGAGCUGGAGAAGAUCAAACGCUUCAACUGUAUCCUUAGUGUCACUAUUCUGGGUGGCUUUUAUGGAUAAUAAGCCAGGGUAGGGUACAUGACUGUUUCUGAAUUCUACAACACUAGGUACAUUGUUGUCUUUAGCAAGACAACACUACAUUGGCUUUAGAAGAAACAGACCAGUCUAAUGCAUCCAGGCUAACAGCUACAGUGCCUUCAGAAAGUAUUCAGACCCCUAGACCUUUUCCACACUUUGUUGUGUUACAGCCUGAAUUUAAAAUGAAUUAAAUUGAGAUUUUUUUGUCACUGGCCUACACACAAUACCCCAUAAUCUCAAAGUGGAAUCAUGUUUUUUGAAAUUUUUACAAAUGAAUGUCUUUGAGUCAAUAAGUAUUUAACCCCUUUGUUAUUACAAGCCUACAUAAGUUCAGGAGUAAAAAUGUGCUUAACAAGUCACAUAAGUUGCAUGGACUCAAUAAUAGUGUUUAACAUGAUUUUGAAAUGACUACCUCGUCUCUGUACCCCACACAUACAAUUAUCUGUAAGGUCCCUCAGUCGAGCAGUGAAUUUCAAACACAGAUUCAACCACAAAGACCAGGGAGGUUUUCCAAUGCCUCGCAAAGAAGGGCACCUAUUGGUAGAUGGGAGGGGGGAAAAAAUGACAUUGAAUAUCUCUUUGAGCAUGGUGAAGUUAUUAAUUACACUUUGGAUGGUGUAUCAAUACACCCAGUCACUACAAAGAUACAGGCAUCCUUCCUAACUCAGUUGGCGGAGAGGAAAGAAACCGCUCAGGGAUUUCACCAUGAGGCCAAUGGUGACUUUAAAACAGUUACAGAGUUUAAUGGCUGUGAUAGUAGAAAACUGAGGAUGGUUCAACAACAUUGUAGUUACUCCACAAUACUAACCUAAUCGACAGGGUGAAAAGAAGGAAUCCUGUACAGAAUAAAAAUAUUCCAAAAUAUACAGUGCAUUCGGAAAGUAUUCAGACCCCUACACUUUUUCAAAAUGUUGUUACGUUACAGCCUUAUUCUAAAAUUUAUGAAAUUGUUUUUUUCCCCCUCAUCAAUCUACACACAAUACCCCAUAAUGACAAAGCAAAAACUUGGUUUUUAGAAUUUUUUUGCAAAUGUAUUAACAAUACAAAAUCUACAUUUACAUAAGUAUUCAGACCCUUUACUCAGUACUUUGUUGAAGCACCUUUGGCAGCGAUUACAGCCUUGAGUCGUCUUGGGUAUGACGCUACAAGCUUGGCACACCUGUAUUUGGGGAGUUUCUCCUAUUCUUCUCUGCAGAUCCUCUCAAGCUCUGUCAGGUUGGAUAGGGAGCGUCGCUGCACAGCUAUUUUCAGGUCGCUCCAGAGAUGUUAGAUCGGGUUCAAGUCCAGGCUCUGGCUGGGCCACUCAAGGACAUUAGAGACUUGUCCUGAAGCCACUCCUGCAUUGUCUUGGCUGUGUGCUUAGGGUUGUUGUCCUGUUGGAAGGUAAACCUUUGCCCCAGUCUGAGGUCCUGAGCGCUCUGGAGCAGAUUUUCAUCAAGGAUCUACAUCACCAACAAACUAUCAUGGUCCAAACACACCAAGACAAUCGUGAAGAGGGCACGACAACACCUUUUUCCCCCUCAAGAGACUGAAAAGAUUUGGCAUGGGUCCACAGAUCCUCAAAGUUCUACAGCUGCACCAUCGAGAGCAUCCUGACCGGUUGCAUCACCGCCUGGUAUGGCAACUGCUCGGCAUCCGACCGUAUGGCGCUACAGAGGGUAGUGCGUACGGCCCAGUACAUCACUGGGGUCAAGCUUCCUGCCAUCCAGGACCUAUAUACUAGGCGGUGUCAGAGGAAGGAAUAUUUAGUAAAUAUUUUCUUAACUAUAUUUCUUGAACUGCAUUGUUGGUUAAGGGCUUGUAAGUAAGCAUUUCACGGUAAGGUGUUGUAUUCGGCAUAUGUGACAAAUAAAAUGUGAUUAGAUUUUUACUUUGCUCUGUUCAUCUUUCACUCGAUCCUGACUAGUCUCCCAGUCCCUGCCGCUGAAAAACAUCCCCACAGCAUGACGCUGCCACCACCAUGCUUCACCGUAGGCAUGGUGCCAGGUUUCCAUCCCCGGUUGCUCAGUUUGGCCGGACGGCCAGCUCUAGGAAGAGUCUUGCUGGUUCUAAGCUUCUUCCAUUUAAGAAUGAUGGAGGCCACUGUGUUCUUGGGGACCUUCAAUGCUGCAGAAAUGUUUUGGUACCCUUCCCCAGAUCUGUGCCUGGACACAAUCCUGUCUCGAGCACUACGGCCAAUUCCUUCGACCUCAUGGUUUGGUUUUUGCUCUGACAUGCACUGUCAACUGUGGGACCUUAUAUAGACAGGUGUGUGUGCCUUUCCAAAUCAUGUCCAAUCAAUUGAAUUUACCACAGGUGGACUCCAAUCAAGUUGUAGAAACAUCUCAAGGAUGAUCAAUGGAAACAGGAUGCACCUGAGCUCAAUUUCGAGUCUCAUUGCAAAGGGUCUGAGUACUUAUGUAAAUAAAGAUUUUAUUUUUAAAAACCUGUUUUCACUUUGUCAUUAUGGGGUAUUGUGUGUAGAUUGAUGAGGAUUUUUAUUUAUUUAAUCAAUUUUAGAAUAAGGCUGUAACGUAACAAUGUGGAAAAAGGGAAGGAGUCUGAAUACUUUCCGAAUACACUAUACAUCCUGUUUGCAACAAGGCACUAAAGUAAUACUGCAGAAAAUGUGGCAAUGCAAUUCACUUUUUGUCCUGAAUACAAAGUGUUACAUUUAAGGAAAAUCUAAUACAACACAUUACUAAGUCCCACUCUCCAUAUUUUCAAGCAUAGUGGUGGCUGCAUCAUGUUAUGGGUAUGCUUGUAAUCGUUAAGCACUGGGGAGUUUUUCAGGAUAAAAAAUUAAUGGAAUGGAGCUAUGCACAAGCAAAAUCCUAGAGGAAAAUCUGGUUGUCUGCUUUCCAACAGACACUGGGAGAUGAAUUUACCUUUCAGCAAGACAAUAACCUAAAACACAAGGCCAAAUCUACACUGGAGUUACUUACCAAGAAGACAGUGAAUGUUCCUGAGUGGCCGAGUUACAGUAUUGACUUACAUCUACUUAACAAAUCUAUGGCAAGACCUGAAAAUGGUUGUCUAGCAAUUAUCAACAACCAAUUUGACAGAGCUUGAAGAAUUGAAAAAAUAAUCAUGGGCAAAUGUUGCACAAUCCAGGUGUGGAAAGCGCUUAGCGAUUUACCCAGAAAUCACGGCCAAAGGUGCUUCGACAAAGUAUUGACUCCGGGGUUUGAAUACUUAUGUAAAUUAAAUAUUUCAGUUUUUCAAUAUAUUUGCAAAGAGUUCUGCAAACAUGUUUUCACUUUGUCAUUGUGGUGUAUUGUGCGUAGAUGGGUGAGGGGAAAAAAAUAUAUUUAAUCAAUUUUGAAUUCAGGCUGUAACACAAAAUGUGGAAUAAGUCAAGGGGUACGAAUACUUUCUGAAGGCACUGCACCUGUCCUUGAUUAGCAAUAGGCUAAUCAGUGGAUGAUCUGUUUUCUUUAACCGGCUCUACCCAGUUCUGUUGGAGAACAGUCACCUUCUUAGAGCCCAGAGGGGUUCUACAGCGGUGGGCUGUGGUUCUAGCAGUUCUAAAGAGCACGUGGCCCACUGUGAGCCAGUCAGCGAGAGCAUCGCGGAGGCCCUCCAGAGAACCUUGAAAGCCAUCCAGGAUAUCGACAACCUCCUCUCAGCCACAAUGCUAUCUGGAGACACCGCUGCCCUGCAUGACGGAUAAUACAGUCCUGCGUGAUGUGUGAUGGAGGGUUUAGUGUCAGAAAAUACUUAUUGUAAAUGAGAAACAUGUGAAGCAGUGAGAAUUAUUAAUUGUUUUCAGUUUCACUAAGUAAGCCUUGUCAGCAUCAAAUGCAACCUUCAUCUAGUGGCAGUUUCAGACAGCAGGAAAAAGAAAAUAAGAGUUUUCCAUGAUUGUGAGGCUCAGAUAUAUGUCAUGGUGUUGACUUUAAGAGGGACUCUAACACCUCCAGCUCAGCAACAGCCUCCACCCGUGUGUGGUUAGACAUAGUGGUUAGACUAGACUCAACCGAAAGAAGAUGGGUGUGUUGAAACUAGGCAACGGUUUGUUGAAAAAUUAUUCAAAUUAAAUACAUUAUUGUCCAUCUUAUUGCAAUUCCUGUACUGUCUUCAUCUGAUAUCAUGAGGCUUAUUAUAGAGUGACAAUCAUGAGUAAUAAGUAAUUUAAAGUCACCUGUCGUGU